UGAUAUUACUUUUAUGCGUUUUAUUUACGGAUCUGUUUGAUGUUCGUACCAUUUUAAGUGUAUGGGAAACUUGUAUUUGGAGCGAUAUCUACCUGAUAAUAUUUCGGAACAAGAGGCAGCAGCGAACACAUGUAACAUUACACGUGCACGCCAAUAUGCACACAGGGACUGACACAUGUCUUGACCUUUCGAUGCAUCCACCACGUGAGCACGUGCGCAACGUACAUUCCUCACGAGAAAACUGUACCGGAGAAGCUGAAAGAAGUUUGGAUGCGAUGUUACCAAACAGCGGAUUUGGUGGAGAUAUCGACAGAUUAAGGCCAAGUUUCGGCUACAACAUGGAGAGUUUUCAUAUCCCGAUUCCUACCAUGUUUAGCUCGGGGGCCGGCGCGCUGUCGCCCCUGCACGCCCGGGACUGCUACCUUUGCUGGAUGUACGGAAGGGGCUGUCACGAGCUAAGCGGGUUAGAAACCACGUGGAUGAGAAACAGUGUUCCCUAUCUGAAUAUAUUUCCAUCAAGACAUCACUUGAAUAUUAUUCCGGAUCCAUGUUUAUUUCAACAUGCUUGGCCAUAUGAAAUGUUUCCUAAAGCAGUCGAUUUCAGUUUCGCAUUCAGACAGAGGCAAGCCGGUGAAUGUCCGUCAAUGCGAGAAAAUAAUGCAUUUAAAACCGAAUUUUCAAAAGGAAACAAAUGUGAAGGAAUUUCAAAGCCGCCAGCGGCUACCAUUUCACCUAACAAGGAAGCCCAAACAUACGGGGAUAUACAUUGCAACCCGAGCCCGGCAGAUACAAAAGAGAAAGCUUUGAACUUGACAAAGAAGAAAACCGCGACCACAAAGAAUGGUCAGAGUUCCCUGCCAUAUCCUUUGACCAAAGUGGACGGGAAAAUGCAUUAUGAGUGUAAGUUUUUGAAGACGUUCGGUCAGCUUUCCAACCUAAAAGUACAUCUGCGCACGCAUACAGGCGAGAAACCGCACGUGUGCGUCACGUGCUCGAAAGCCUUCACGCAGCUUGCACACCUACAGAAACACCAUCUCGUGCACACAGGGGAGCGGCCGCAUGAGUGUGGCGUGUGCCGGAAGCGGUUCAGCUCCACCUCUAACCUGAAGACGCAUAUGCGGCUGCACAGCGGGGACCGGCCAUUUCACUGCCGCCAAUGCCCCGCUAAGUUCACACAACUCGUGCACUUGAAGCUCCACCGCCGCCUCCACACCAACGAGCGGCCCUUCCAGUGUCCUCAGUGUCACCGGAAGUACAUCAGCGGAAGUGGUCUAAAGACGCACUGGAAGACGGGAACUUGCUUGCCAUGCUCUGGCAUUUAGUGUGACCACAGCGUGAGUCAAACUGGCAAUCACCGGAAGUACAUCAGCGGAAGUGGUCUAAAAACGCACUGGAAGGCGGGUACUUGCUUGCCAUGCUCUGGUAUUUAGUGUAACCACAGCGUGGGUCAAACUGGCUAAUAAUUUCCGUGUUUCAGUUUGCAAAAGAGUGUCAUUAUGUUGGCCUAAAUAUAUUUGAGUUGGUUCUCUGUGCAUACAAAUUUCAUAAGGUACAUGCACUCAUAUGCACUUGGCGUAAUACUAAUAUCCUGAAAGAUGCUGUUGUUGUUAUUGUUGUUGUUGUUGCGUUUUUCUGCUGAUGUUUUUUACUUCAAAUUUUAUUGAAAUGAACGCGUUCUGCUAGCGUUGUAUCAGUGGUAGUUUUUAUGUUGAGUCCCGAUCGAUAAUGGAUUUGUGCAUAAUUCUACCUUAUAAUAAUAUUUCAUUUCUUCUCGGCGGUUAAUUGAAACAUACAAAUGAAUAUAUAUGAUUAUAUAUGAUAUUUGAUAACUCAAUGUUUCAAACAUUAUUUAACUGUUUCUCUUAUUUAAACCCGUUUCUUUGCGAAGAAUAUUUUUACGCACAUUACAAUUUUGUUCAAU